AUGGCGCUGAGCGAGAAGGCUAAGGGCAAACAACGAGCUGGGCCUAUCCAAGAAGACGACGCAGGCGAAGGGUCAGCAAAGACGAAGCCACUGGUAAUACGCUUCACGGAGGGCAUUGAGGACUUGAGCCUCCUCGUCGAGCAGGAUGACGCUGUCCGGGACAUGAAGCGUAAGAUACGAGACGCGCGGCCGUCGCUGACAGAUCGCCGGCUGCGACUUAUCCACUUGGGCCGGUUGCUCACGGACGGGACCAACCUGUACUCGUGGCUCGAGUCCUUGGAAGAGAGGCAACGCAAAGCACUGGAAAGUAGCGAAGGACAAGAUCAGACGGCAAGUCCGAGUAUACCCACCACUUGGCUUCACUGCUCGGUAGGACCCAAGCUUGAACCCGGGGAAGAGGAAGAGACGAAGGUUCAGGUGACCCAAUUGAAACCUUUGAGGGGCUUUGACAGACUAGCGGCUGCUGGUUUCUCCCAGGAAGACAUUGCGAAUAUCCGUUCACAGUUUCACGCCAAUUCGGCAGGAGACUACUUGGACCAUGAGUUCAGCACAGAAGAGGAAUUUGACGAGCAUGUUCGGGCCCUUGAAGAACAGUGGAUAGACUCGAUAGACAACCACGGUGCAGAGUCGCUGUCCCAAUCCUCCCUGCGUGCGACAUUACUCAAUGGGGUUGUCAUCGGAUUCUUCUUCCCCAUACUGCCGUAUUUUUUCUUCUAUGAAAGGAAGCCUGCUGUGUUUUGGGAAGACGGGUCUGAGCACGAAGUUAUCGAACGACCUAUAUUUUCGCGACGCAUGCAGAUGGGAAUCACAAUUGGCAUGCUCAUGAACGUGGUUUUCGGCAUGUGGACGUACGUAUUGACGUCUGCAUGA